AGUUUGACGCAUACGUUCUAUAAAUCCAACGUAUGCACCACACAGAACGCACAGCAAAUGCCUCUGCAAUGCAACGCUGCAAGGCAAACGCAGUGUUUCAUUGGAAAUGAAUACAAUUCUGGUGUACUAAAAUGAAAUAACGCUGUCGGUGUGAUCGAAGCGUACUCUUUUUGAGCAGACGGCUGGCGCUGGCUGGCUGCUGCAACAGAGCAUCAGAUAGAUGGGCUACACAUACAGAGACAGAGGGACGCUGUAUCGCUCGCUCGUAUGCUUUUUCUGUGAUGCUAGCUGAGGUGUUUCAGGUGCUGCGGGGAGCAGGGAAGGUUGGCCAAGCAUUUGCCAACACACAAGGGGAGAUGCUGAGGCUAAUGGCCUGCAACUCCACGCUGGGCACUGGGGUCAAAGCUGCCCAGGAGGUGGUCGAGGGCGUGAUGGGCACAGUCAUGGGUGGUACUGCCAUGCAACAGUCCAUCAAGGAGGAUGUGUUCCCUGAUGCUGAGGGAUGGGAGGAAAUGGAUCCGGACGAGGCUGCUAAAUGGGCGGUGGGCUCUGAAUUCCCACCAGGCCUAGAGGCCACAGAGAUGCCCAGCGGAGCGCCUCUCAGCCCAGCUGGGGGUCCAAGGGGAGCAGGCUGGCCUGGCCAAAGUGCCCGGUUCCUGCACAUUGCCUUGACGCAAUGGCACAGCAGGUUUUUCCAUGACUCAGUAGUGGCCAGACUCACCCCAGAUGACAUCAAGAAGGCCAGGGAGUCCAAGCAGGCAUUUGCCAGGCCUAUUGUUAAGCAGAAGCUUAGUGAUCGUGCAAGAGAGAGGAAGGUCCCUUCCACGAGAAUCAGCAGGCUGGUUAACUUCGGGGGUCUGGCUGUCGGGCUGGGACUAGGUGCCAUUGCAGAGGUGGCGAAGCAAUCUAUGGGAGCCAAGCGUGCAGAGGGUGCCCUGUUGGACUCACCUCUCUUGUCUGAGGCCAAUGCUGAGAGGAUAGUGAACACCUUGUGCAAAGUCAGAGGGGCAGCCCUCAAAAUAGGACAGAUGCUCAGUAUACAAGAUAACUCCUUCAUAAACCCCCAGCUACAGAAGAUCUUUGAGCGGGUCCGACAGAGUGCGGACUUCAUGCCCGCCUGGCAGAUGAAUAAAGUUCUGGAGGAGGAGCUAGGUGCAGGCUGGAGGAAGCAGCUGUUGUCGUUUGAGGACAAGCCUUUCGCCGCCGCCUCAAUUGGCCAGGUGCAUCACGGGAUGCUGCAAGACGGCAGGGAGGUCGCCAUGAAGAUCCAGUACCCAGGAGUAGCUGAGAGCAUCCACAGUGACAUCAACAACCUGAUGUCUGUGCUGAAGAUGAGCCUUGUUCUACCAGAGGGCUUGUUUGCAGACAGUAGUCUAGAGGUCCUUCAAAGAGAGCUGGCGUGGGAGUGUGACUACAAGAGAGAGGCGGAGAGUGCCAAGCAUUUUAAGUCACUUUUGGCAGAUGACCCAUUUUUCCACGUGCCAUUUGUGGUGGACGAGCUCUCAGGAAGGAGGGUUCUGGCCAUGGAGCUGGUGUCAGGGGUACCGCUGGACAGCUGUGUAGAUCUGGAUCAGGAGACAAGGAACCAGAUCUGCUUCAACAUCCUACAGCUGUGUCUGAGAGAGCUCUUUGAGGACCCCAACUGGGCCAACUUCUUUUACAACGCUGAACAGAACAAGAUUAUUCUGUUGGAUUUCGGUGCGUGCCGGGAUUACCCUGAGGCCUUCACAGAUGAUUACGUACAGGUGGUGCACGCAGCCUCCAUUGGCGAUAGGGAGACUGUACUGGAGAAAUCCAAGGACCUUAAGUUCCUCACAGGGUUUGAGGCCAAGGCGUUCCAGGACGCCCACGUGGAGGCUGUGAUGAUUCUGGGCGAGGCCUUCGCCAACUCUCACCCCUUUGACUUUGGCACCCAGAGCACCACGCAGCGGAUCCAGAGUCUGAUCCCCGUCAUGCUGCGUCACCGCCUCACCCCGCCCCCGGAGGAGACCUACUCCCUGCACCGCAAGAUGGCCGGCUCCUUCCUCAUCUGCUCCAAGCUUGGCGCCAAAAUCGCCUGCAAGGACAUGUUCCUGGACAUCUACAACUCCUACCAACAGCGGCGGCUGGAGAAGGCUGCCCAAAUUCAGGUCUAGAUAGGGUCAAAGGUCAUUACUAGUGGUCACCCUCUCAGACUGCACCCUAGUGGGCAGAACUGACAGUCCAACUCCCAUGGCUUUGUACUAUGUUUAUUUAAGAUAUAGUAACUGCACUACAUGGAUGAUCCACAGACUCCCAGCACUUUGACUCUGUCAGUGACUUGAUGCCACUCCAAAACUGAGUGAGGUGGUCUGGCAGUAAGGAGUGGGAGGCAGAGCGUCUGCUUGUAUAAAAGAACACAGAAAGAAACUCUAGCAUUUGUGUGAUUUGAAUCACUUGAGAUUAGUGUUAAUAAUAAUUGUUUAAAGGUAUGGUCCAACUUGAUGUACAUAUAAUUGAUUUGAGCUGUGUCUCUGUUAAGGGAAAAGGUAAUAUGUUUUGAGUGUUGGAUUGUGUUUUUGAUGUGCCCUGGUCCAAUGGUUUCCAUCGAACUGUCAUUUUUAAUGUAAAUGCCACAAACAUCGUAUUUGUUUCUGAAAAUGGCAGUGUUUGUCCUCAAAGCCAUUUUUACACUGAAAGUGAAGUGGAUGUUAUUAUACACAGUACAAAGAUUGCAAUAAUAUUUGAAAGAGCAAUCUUCAACAGGUAUAAUUUUGGCUAAAAACAAUGUGGGGAAUAUUUAAUGCUGGAAAAUAACUUCUAUACAAGGCUUAUUUCACUGCCUUUGGUUGCAGUAUUGAGCUGCCUUGUGCAUGUAUUUCCACAGCAUGUUGAUGAGCAUUGUUCUACGUAUUUUAAAGGACUGUUUGAUGGAAACCCUAAUGUCCUUGAAAACAGUAUGAUAAAAUAGUCCAGCUAGAUGACGUCGUCUGUAAAAAAAACAUCUGCAUAAAUGUGUGCGUUAAUGUUCUGUUCCAUGCACUUUGGGACCGUACUCCACCUCCGUAAGACAUAAUCAAUGAUUAUUCUGUGGGUUUCCAUCCUUGCAAUUAACAGUUGACUAAAAGGGAGACCUAUUGCCACGCGAUAGCUAUUUAAAUUGGGUUAAAUUCAGAACAAAACGGGCUGAAAUGUGAAGGAUAACCUCCUUUUCUCCAAUAAGAAAUGCUAAUUUUGUUGCAAAAGGUUUUGCUAUGGUAUACACUAAUGAAUAUACGCCUGUAUUAGCAGGCGCCUGCUAGUAAUGAGGUGAUUUACCAGCUCAGAUAACACAAAAACAUACCUUAAACAUGUUUACUCUGAUGUUUAAGAGAUGGGGCAGGGAAUGGAACAUCGACUAAAUGGCCCAUCUUUACUGUAUAUUCUGCUAAACUCUCUGAUGUACACAAGGUGAAGCACUGUAAGGUGCAUACGGAGAAGAUGGUUUACUGGUGUGAGCCCUAGCUGUUGGAUUUCCUUCUUCACUCCCCGUGAGUUAUUUACUGUUUAUGUCUCUGGACUGAAAUAGAGGAGACCUUCCAGGGUCCACAUACAGAACAUCAUGAUAAUAGCUCUUUCCAUUCUAAUGCUAUUUCCUCCACAAUAAUCUAAUGGACAGUUAGCCAUUAUAUUCCAUCACCUCUGGCCCAUCUACCUUGUCCUUGUACCAGACAUACAGUGGCAAGAAAAAUUAUGUGAACCUUUUGGAAUGAUCUGGAUUUCUGCUUAAAUUGGUCAUACAAUUUUGAUCUGAUCUUCAUCUAAGUCACAACAAUAGACAGUCUGCUUAAACUAAUAACACACAAACAAUUCUACAUUUUCAUGUCUUUAUUGAACACACCAUGUAAACAUUCACAGUGCAGGGUGGGAAAAGUAUGUGAACCCUUGGAUGUAAUAACUGGUUGACCCUCCUUUGGACGUAAUAACCUCAACCAAACAUGUUCUGUAGUUGCGGAUCAGACCUGCACAACGGUCAGGAGGAAUUUUGGACCAUUCCUCUUUACAAAACUGUUUUCAGUUCUGCAAUAUUCUUGUGAUGUCUGGUGUGAACCGCUCUCUUGAGGUCAUGCCACUGCAUCUCAAUCGGGUUGAGGUUAGGACUCUGACUGGGCCACUCCAGAAGGUGUAUUUUUUUCUGUUGAAGCCAUUCUGUUGUUGAUUUACUUCUGUGUUUUGGGUCGUUGUCCCGUUGCAUCACACAACUUCUGUUGAUCUUCAAUUGGCGGACAAAUAGCCUUACAUUCUCCUGCAAAAAGUCUUGAUAAACUUGGGAAUUCAUUUUUCUGUCGACGAUAGCAAGUUGUCCAGGCCCUGAGGCAGCAAAUCAGACCCAAACCAUGAUGCUCCCUUCACCAUACAUUACAGUUGGGAUGAGGUUUUGAUGUUGGUGUGCUGUGCCUUUUUUUUCUCCACACAUAAUGUGUGUUCCUUCCAAACAACUGAACUAUAGUUUAAUCUGUCCACAGAAUAUUUUGCACAUCGAGGUGCUCUUUUGCAAACUUGAGACGUGCAGCAAGGUUUUUUUUGGACACUUCUUCCGUGGUGUCCUCCCAUGAACACCAUUCUUGUUUAGUGUUUUACGUAUCGUAGACUCGUCAACAGAGAUGUUAGCAUUUUCCAGAGAUUUCUGUAAGUCUUUAGUUGACACUGUAGGAUUCUUCUAAACCUCAUUUAGCAUUCUGCGCUGUGCUCUUGCAGUCAUCUUUGCAGCACGCCACUCCUAGGGAGAGUAGCAACAGCGCUGAACUUUCUCCAUUUAUUGACCGUUUGUCUUUAUUGACAGGCUGAUGAACAUCAAGGCUGAACAUCAAGGCUUUUAGAGAUACUUUUGUAACCCUUUCCAGCUUUAUGCAAGUCAACAAUUCUUAAUCUUAGGUCUUCUGAGAUCUCUUUUGUUUAAGGCAUGGUUCACAUCAGACAAUGCUUCUUGUGAAUAGAAAACUCAAAUGUAGUGUUUUGUAUCGAGCAGGGCAACUCGAACCAACAACCCCAAUCUCGUCUCAUUGAUUGGACUCCAGGUUAGCUGACUCCUAACUCCAGUUAGCUUUUGGAGAAGUCAUUAUUCUAGGGGUUCACAUACUUUUUCUAACCUACACUGUGAAUGUUUAAAUUAUGUAUUCAAUAUAGACAAGAAAAACACAAUACUUUGCGUGUUAUUAGUUUAAGCACACUAUGUUUGUCUAUUGUUGUGACUUAGAUGAAGAUCAAAUUUUAUGACCAAUUUAUGCAUCAAUCCAGGUAAUUCCGAAGGGUUCACAUACUUUUUCUUGCCACUGUACCUCUGAUUGUCAAGGUAGAAUAUUGACUAAGUAGGCUAUUACUGUCAAACCUAGAAGCUAUCAAUAAUGAAAACCUUAACUAUUAUCUGUAUGAGAAGAGGAGUGCUGCGCUGCAGUCCUGUAGUCACAAGCUUUAAGUUACACAAUUAUGCAUGUAGGGCCAAACGAGUAUGAAUGUUAGUAUUAAUUGCCACUUCUAAGCAGUGGUGUAAAGUACUUAAGUAGUACUUUAAAGUAUUUUUACUUAAGUUGUUUUUGGGGGCGUCUGUACUUUACUAUUUAUGUUUUUUAGUACUUUUACUUCACUACAUUCCUAAAGAAAAUGUUAUUUUUACUCCAUACAUUUUCCCUGACACCCAAAAGUACUAGUUACAAUUUGAAUGCUUAGCAGUACAGGGGAAAAGGUCAAAUUCACAUACUUAUCAAGAGAACGUCCCUGGUCAUCCCUACUGCCUCUGAUCUGAUGGACUCACUAAACAUAAAUGCUUCCUUUGUAAAUUGUGUCUGAGGGUUGGAUUGUGCCCCUGGCUGUCAGAAAAGUAAUAAAAAAGGAAAUUGUCCAGUC